CGCUCCGCAGGGUCCCUGCAGACGGCAUGGCUGCUCAUCGCUCCAAUCUGCUGUUCUUCCCCUUGGUGCUGGCCCUGCUGGCCCCUCUUCUUGCUCUGGAAAUUGAAAACCUGGAAAGACUAAAAGUAAAUUUAGAUGAAAUCAUUAAUCUCCAUUCGGAUGAGCUCCAUCCUGAAGAAGAUGGAGAGAAUGAACGGCAGAGCAGAUCCAGCAACACUCAGCAGACAGCGAACCACCGUUGGCCCAGGGACUGCAGCGAGGUCUCUUCUGGCAGCCCCAGUGGCAUCUAUGUCAUCCAGCCCACCGGGCUGCAGCCCAUUGUGGUGUAUUGCAACUUGAGCGUGGCAGACGGGGGCUGGACGGUCAUCCAGAGGAACCGGCAGAGCACCGAGAUCACCUGGGCCGAGUCCUGGACCACCUACAAGUACGGCUUUGGGAACGUGCACACCGACUACUGGCUGGGCACUGAGUACAUCCAUCAGAUCUCCAGGCAGAAGGUCUACCGGGUCAGGUUUAUCAUCUGGGAUGCUGCGAACUAUGCCAGGUUUGCAGACUACAACCUCUUCAGUGUGGAAACCGAGUCCCAGGGCUACCGGCUGAGGCUGGGAACAUAUUCGGGGUCAGCAGGAGACGGCAUGGCCUUGAACAGUGCUUCCGCCACGCACGACAACAUGAAGUUCUCUACUAAAGAUCGGGAUCAGGACACUUCCAGCAGUAACUGUGCCUCCAGCUAUGGGGGCGGCUGGUGGUACUCGGCGUGUUAUUAUGUGCGGCUGAAUGUUAGGGGGGCCAUAACAUGGGGCGGCCUGUGCAACGGGAACUGCAGAGCAUCUGCCAUCCUCAUCAAACCAGUUUCCUACUGUUAGUUGCAUUUUUGUUUCCUUUCUGUCCAACCUGAGGCUAAUUCUGGCUCUGCAAAGAGAUGGAAAAAGGAAAAACACGUCACAGCCAAACCUAGUGUCCUAGGGUUGGCCAUAUCCUGGCUACUGAAGAAAACAAGGCAUGUUCCACUUCUUCUCCCUCCUGUAGAUUUCCUCUUUCCCCUCAACUGUGCUGCAAAAUCUGGAGUGUCCAGGUCUGUACUGUGCUUCGUAUAAAAUGUGAAACAGCCAAACCCAGUGAACCGAUAUGGUUAAUUUACAUCCUUAACUUCAGGCAGGCUACCUAAUUUUCACCUGUUGAAGAUCUUGCUCAAGAUAUUAAUGUGCACAAUCAAAUUCCCACUCUCUACCUUCUACAUUUCAGGCU